AUGGCGUCCCCUUCUUCUGUGAGUACGCGACAUGAGGAUAACGAGUCGGAGUGGUCCCGUCCCAUCAAGCGACGCAAACGCACCUCUUUUGCUGCCACAUCCGGUCCCUCGCCUCGUGAACUGGGAUUUAUGAGAGAAUCACAAAAUGAGGGAUCUGCGACAUUCCUGGGUAGCUCAAGUGGAAUUCACUUUAUCCGCCAUGUCUACAAUGCUUUCGCCCGUCGCUCAGCGGACUUGGAUCAAACGCGAGCGCGCGACAGAACGUCGGUGCCCGGUGAAGAUGACCGGUUGAGGCCAAACACAGGCAGCAUUCAUACUUCAGAUGAGAUCUGGAGAAAAGAUGAAUUGAACUUCGCAACCAAAGCAUCCUUUUCAUUCGACGAUCUUGUCAAGUGGACGCGCAGCUACUUUGAAAACUGGCAUCCGAUCUUUCCCUGUCUCCAUGCACCGACGGUCUUGAAGACCAUGGAGAUAGUCAGCCAGAAAGGCACCGAGUCUGUCAGUCGACUUGAACUCAUGAUAUUACGAUCCAUUGUAUCCAUCUCGCUGGGCGACAAGCGACAAACAUCAUCCGAAUCAGCAUCGAGCCCAGUUCCCGCAGGCCUGGUUUUCCGUAGCGUCCAGCAUGUGAUGCAGGACGUGCAAAGUCUUCUUGAGGAACCCACCACAUUGGCACUUCUGCAGGCUGCCUUUACUGCGCAGGUCGCACUGGCCUCUCUUCUGCGUUUGAAUGCCGCGUCGCGUUUGGGAGGAGUCAUCACCCGCACCGCGUUCCACCUCGGAUUGCAUCGCUGCCCAGGGCGGUUCUCGUGCUUCAGCAGCGAGGAAGUCGGAAUAAGAUGUCGUUUAUUUUGGUCAAUCUACUCGCUUGAGAGAUAUCUCUCGCAGGCGCUUGGCAUUCCCCUCUCAAUUCGAGACGAUGAUAUCGACGUGUGCUACCCAGGCACGGAGCGCCACGUUUCUGCCACCCCCCAACCCUCCGACGAUCGGAGAUUGCGACUAGUCUGCCACCUAGCGAAAUUCGCACGAAUUCGAGGUCUGAUUGUGGAACUGCGCAACAAAUCCAUACUCCACAGCCAUGCUAGUCAGGUUGAAGCUGCGCACGUCACGGGAGAAUUGUCACAAUGGUGGAAUGAGGUCUAUGACGAUGUGAAUCCGAUUGAAGAGUCAGGCGACGAUGGCGACGAUGCUCCAGCCUUGCAGCCUUAUCACCGACUACUUCUGAUGGUUCUCCGACACGAGGCUAUCAUUUCGCUCAACCGGCCCCUUCUAGCAGCCGAGAAGCCAAGCGCAGAUUACAAAAAUGCCUUGCAAACCUGUAUCGGGUCUUCGAGGUCUAUACUCACAGCACUGAAAAAACAUCUGUCAUCUACAUCAGACUCUCCACUUUCGUGGCCGUGUUUCACUUGGUCCACGUGGAUGGCUUGUCUCAUCCUCAUGUACGCUGCUUGGGAAGAGGAACUCGCCACAUCCAGUGCCCUCAAGUAUGCACGCAUGGGUAUUGCGAUAUUAGAGAAUCUUUCGCUUCGCGGGAGUAGCUGGCCAGAGACCUGCAUCGAAGCAAUCAAAGGCAUGGAAUCUGCUUUCUCAACGCAGCCCACCAAUACCAACCAAUUCAAGAUCCCCACCACAACCAACAGCGCAGAGAGACCAGAACACCAUCCGCAAACAACGCCAUCGACGGACCGAAGAAGGACUCAGUUUUUACCAGUACAAGACGGAACUGAGACUGGGGACUCGGGUCUUACGCCAGUUAGACCCAGAUCGUCGACGAUGAACGGAUACCAAGAGAGCCCGAUCUCCGUGGGAAUCCAGCCCUUCCAACCAGCUGCACGACCACACCUCCAUGGAUCCAACCCGACGGAGACAUAUGACUCUGCUAUUUUCUCACCCCCCGAUAACAUGGGUAACUAUGCUGAAAUGCUAGACCCGGCCGGGAAUUUCCUUGGUGGUCAGUCCUCGGCAGGACUCAUCUUCGGCAGCAUGGCAGAAAGCAAUGCUGCCUUCAAUCCGAACUUCGCCGGUCCAGAUUCUUUACCAUUCUCAUCCUCCAUGCCGAUGAAUGACCUCUGGAGUGUGGCGGAUGGUCCAUGGAUGAUCCAUAACAAUUUUCUAUAA